AUGGGAAAAUUCGAGAAGCCAUCGAUUGACAAGAAGAUUGCAGGAAAGAUGUUCGAUAGUGCAAGAUUGGAAAGAAUGAGAUGUCGUGAAAUAAGGAAGACUGAUAUGGAACGAAACUUAAUGACUUUAAAGAGAACAAGCUUGCCUGUGAUAGAACCUGAUUAUAUCCGUAUAAAGGAUCCAAAAUGUAAUCGAUGCAAUAAGGACAAAGAAAGCUAUGGACUGACUUAUGAAUGGCAUUUAGAGCCAAUUGAUAUUAUGGAUGAUGACAAAAGAUUUUCUUUAUGGAAUAGCAGCACAAAGAGAAUGCUGUCGAGAGUCACAAAUGGAAUUGUUGUUCAGCCUGCAAAAAUUAAAAUGAUUAAAUAUUUACAAGAAAAUAAGUCUGAGAUUCCAAUAGUAUACGUCCUCAAGUCAAAAGCUCGAAAAUUGGAUGAAAUAUUGUUGAAUUACUGUCUGCAGAGCUCUGAGCUGAAAAUUGCAUUGUCAACAACCGGAAUGGAUGAAACUUCACUUGAAAAUCAUUUAAAUUCUCAUAAAAGUUUAAUGCUUUUCAUUGAUGAUGAAUUUCAAUUGAAAAAUGUAUUAAAAUGCAUCGAGUACGGUAAAUUGAAGGAGAUUUAUAUGAUGCCAGUUUCAAUCAACUAUGAAAUACAGCACUCAAAAGAAUUUAAGCCACCGAUGUUGACUAUUUUGCCAAAAUGUUUCUAUGAGAAUUAUGGACUUGUCAAAGUAAAUUUCAAUGAGCCAUAUACAUGCUCAGAUUUGCUGCAAUGGAUUAAAGAGGAUGACAAAACAGAAGAGGCUAUGAUUGAGGCAAUCGAAGGACAUUUACUUCAUGAUAUCGUAUUUAAACGACCAAUAUUCUCAACAAACAUGCUUGCAUAUUUAUUGCUCACAUACUUUCGCACUAAUGGCGGUACAAUUGAGGAAAUUGCCAAGAGAAUCGACGAAAUUCGCAGCAACGCAACAAAUUUUAUCGAUUUCUCAUUUGAUGGUGAUGCUUUGGAUGUAGCAAAAUAUGCUGUGACAAAAUUGAAUAAUAAAAUCAUAAUAAAUGAGAAUUUAAUGAUUAAACCGAAGGAAGACUCAGCCACACUGAUUGAGUUAUGGGAUUAUGCCGAAACAUUAAUUUGUCAUUUCACCCUACAGUCAGUUAUAAUUCUAGCAGCUGAACAUUACAAACGAGUCGAUAGUUAUGUCGAUUACAAUAAGAUGAUUGAACAUGCUAGGGAAUUAUUUGAGUAUUUACAAUUAGAAGUGCCAUUAUAUAGAGCUUGCAGCCAAUUGUAUGAGCAAUUAGAAAGUGCCUUUGACAUAUUAUCGAGAAGAGAUUUACUGACGAAACCUAAUGUCGUCACUUACACGGAAAAUGAGAUACGUGCACAGAAAAUUGCUGAAUAUUUUGAAGAAAACGAUAAUGUUGAUGAGUAUGAUGAGAACGAUAGCUUAAAUGGAAAUUCAGUAAAUGAUGAAAAUGAAGUUACAAUCAACACAGAGAAGCAGACUGAAAUUAACUUUUUAAAGGAUGUUGUUUUGCCAAUUCAAGAAACUUACAUGAACGUUGCGUAUUGUCUGAAACGUUUAAUUGGCAAUCAAGUCGUGGAAGAAGAAUAUUUCCUUAAAAUUGCAAUAAAUGCUAUGAUUGAUGAAUGCUUUGCUGAAAACUGCAAAUAUUGGGAAAGUUGCUCAAUCAAAUGGACGAAGAAUGCCUUAAAACUUUUCGAAUUGUGGGGUGUAAUUAGCAAAGUGCCAGAUUCUGAUACAGUUCAAUACUUCAUUGCAGAUGAAUAUAAUACAGAAGAGGCAAUUCACGAGCUUGCCAAGCACAUUGAGCAGUUUUCCGAUUACUAG